GGAUUGUUGCCAAGGGAUUGAAGCAUAAUCUAUCGAACUUAGGAAUACUAGAACUCGCUCUCAAAGUAAUAGGAUCGAGUACAAUCAAUCUGGAUAUCUUAAGUGAAGAAAUCACCAAUGCUGUAUACUCUUAUUAGCAGUCAAAUCUUUGUAGAGAAGAGGAGUAAGUUCUUUAGCGCCGUCCCGGAACGGGUUCAGAAGCUAUGGAACAAAUGGGAGCUCCGAUUGACGGUUCUACUCAGUCUCUUCUUUCAAGUCCUUCUGAUCUUGUUGGGCAGCCGCAGAAGACGCAUCAAUAAAAUUUGGGUACAAAUCAUUCUUUGGAUUGCCUACUUAUGUGCGGACUGGGUUGCAGCUGUUGCCCUUGGGAUCCUCUCCCAUAGUAUAGAUCAACCCAAAGCCAAUGAAUUGCCAGCCUUUUGGGCACCAUUUCUUCUAUUGCACCUAGGUGGUCCAGACACCAUCACUGCCUUCUCCUUAGAAGAUAAUGAGCUGUGGUUAAGGCACUUGCUUGGACUAGGGGUCCAAGGCAGCAUUGCCUCUUAUAUCACCUUCAGGUCCUGGACGGGUACUAGGAUGUCAAUUCUUACAGCUCUUAUGUUUGUUCCUGCAAUUGUCAAGUAUGCGGAGAGGACUUGGGUUCUCAGUUCAGCAAGUAAGGAGCACUUGAGAGACUCCAUGCUCAGUCCCCCUGAUCCUGGCCCAAGUUAUGCCAAAUUCAUGGAUGAAUACAAUUCUAAGGAGAAGGAGGGGUUUCGGGUGACCAUGAGAAGAGUUGAAGAAAGUGAACGGAAACUGGUAGAGUUUAAAUUCCGUCAGCCUACUACUGUUGUCGGCAGAAAUAAUGAGAGCAAUGCGGCUGCUGGUGGUGGUGGUGAUGACGAUGUUGUUGAUGAAGAGAGUGGUGGUGGUGGUGGUGAUGUUGUUUUUGAUGAACAGAGUGGUGGUGGUGGUGAUGAUGAUGUUGUUGAUGAAGAGAUUUUGAUUAAAGCACGUUACUUCUUUGAGAUAUUCAAGCGUCUAUUUGCAUUUCUCAUUCUCAGUUACGACGAUUGGGUUGAAAGCAAAUCAUUCUUCCAACAAAGAUCUUACCAAAAGGCUUUCAAAUUGAUUGAAGUUGAACUUGGAUUCAUGUUUGAUGUGCUAUACACCAAGGCAGGUGUAUUUUAUUCUACCACGGGCUGCAUUCUAAGGGCAAUCAGUUUCUCCUUCACCCUCUCAGUUUUUGCCGUGUUCUUGAUUUUUGAGAAGCAGCAUCAUUCAAGCACCGACGUAAUCAUAACAUACCUAUUGCUCGCACUGGCGAUCAUCCUAGAGAUUUAUGCGGCCAUUCUUCUAAUUUUCUCCGAUUCGGCAUUCCUCUGGCUAAGAAAGCAUGGCCUGGAUGGCCCAAUCUUGAGAUGGCGGGGCAAUAGGCCAAGGUGGUCUAAUUCCAUUGGCCAAUACAAUCUAUUUAAUGUUUGGCUCAAUGAUAAACCUACAUUUCUUGUUAGGAAAGUUCGAAAUUUAUUGGGAAUAGAGAAGAAGCUAAGAAAUUACUGGUUCACAACCCAUGAGGAUGUCUCCAAAGAGUUGAAAGAAUUUAUCUUCCAACAGCUCCGCAAAAAAUCAGACGAGGCAAAAGAUUACGGCGAAGCAACGCGGCUAUGCCGAAGUAGAGGUGGUGGGCUACUCCAACAUAAACACAUAGAACAACACAAGUUUUGGUGGACUUUUGAAGUAGAAUUUGAUCAAAGUGUUCUUAUUUGGCACAUUGCUACUGAACUCUGUUAUCAAUCUGAUAAUUCUGAUCCUACCCCUCUCAAACAAAGAGAAAUCAGCAAGAGAUUAUCGGAUUAUAUGUUGUAUCUUCUAGUUGUGUGUCCUUUUAUGCUGCCUGAAGGGGUCGGGGAGAUAAGAUCAAAAGAUACCGAGGAAGAAGCCAAGAGGUUCCUCAAAGAAAAAAAGGGAAAUAAGUUGAAACUGAAAAUAAGUGAAGCAUGUCGUUUGUUAGAGAAUGUGAAGACCGAUAUUCCACCUAUUGAAGUGAAAGGACCCAAAUGCAAGUCUGUUCUAUUUGAUGGAUGUAGGCUCGCAAUUCAGUUGAAAUCAUUGCGAAGGGAGGAGACAUGGGAUGCGACAUGGGAUGCAAUUAGUCUCGUGUGGGUCGACAUGCUAUCAUAUGCUGCAGCUCAGUGCAAAGGGCCAAAUCAUGCUCAACAACUCGGACAAGGUGGAGAAUUUUUCACUCAUGUCUGGCUUCUCAUGGCACAUCUCGGUAUAACUGAGCAAUUCCAAAUGCCUACGGGCUUUGCGAGAAAGUUGAUUUACAGAUGAUGAAGCUAGAGUUAUAGUUGUUAGGUGAAUUUGAAUCCUCUUCAUUACUCAAUCUUUUAUAUGUCAGCUUCAUACAAAAUUAAGGGGUGCAGUUAGCUGUUUCUGUUUCUGUUUCUACCAAAAGAGAGUUGAUCAGGAUCUUGGUGCCUAGUGGGUGUAGCGGGAAAAAAAAAAGGAGUUGCUUUUUUUAUUAGAAUUGGGUUACGUUUGAUAUAUAUGGAUAUUUUGACAUUUUGACAAGUA